UUUCGAAAGAGGAAGAACUGCGAGAGAACAUGUGACACUUUGUUCUUAAAUAAUAGCAACAAGGAAACGCAGUCAGACUGGGUUCAGCGCACGAGCAAAGAUGAGUCCGACUAAUCAAGGCGUGCUGUUGCUGCUCAUCUGCCUGUGUGCUGGGGCAGCAGCCAUGUUUGAAUCCACACUGGACGCACACUGGGAGCUGUGGAAGAAGACACAUGGGAAGAGCUACAAAAAUGAUGUGGAGAACGCUCACCGCCGGGAGCUGUGGGAGAAUAACCUGAAGCUGAUUACUGUGCACAACCUGGAGGCCUCAAUGGGACUUCACACCUAUGAACUGGGCAUGAAUCACAUGGGAGACCUGACAGAAGAAGAGAUCCUGCAGUUUUUUGCCAGUCUCACUCCUCCCACUGACAUCCAGAGGGCGCCAUCUGCCUUUGCAGGGGCAUCAGGUUCUGGCAUACCAGACACCAUGGACUGGAGAGAGAAGGGUUGUGUCACCAAAGUCAAGAUGCAGGGUGCUUGUGGAUCUUGCUGGGCCUUCAGUGCUGCAGGGGCCCUAGAAGGCCAGUUAGCCAAGAGUACAGGAAAGCUGGUGGAUCUCAGUCCUCAGAACCUGGUGGACUGUUCUGGCAAAUACGGUAACCACGGCUGCAAUGGAGGCUUCAUGACCCGAGCUUUCCAAUAUGUCAUCGACAACCACGGAAUCGACUCUGAUGCUUCAUACCCAUAUACAGGACGUGAUGAUCAGUGCCGCUACAACCCAGCAACUCGUGCUGCCAACUGUUCCAGUUACCAGUUUCUGCCUGAAGGGGACGAGAACGCUCUGAAGCAGGCCCUUGCUACCAUUGGACCCAUUUCAGUGGCAAUUGAUGCUAGGCGGCCCAGAUUUAGUUUCUAUAGAAGUGGAGUGUAUAAUGACCCAUCAUGCACACAAGAGGUGAAUCAUGGUGUGUUGGCAGUGGGCUACGGUUCUCUGAAUGGACAAGACUACUGGCUCGUAAAGAACAGCUGGGGAACUACCUUUGGAGAUCAGGGAUACAUCCGGAUGGCACGCAACACAGGCAACCAGUGUGGCAUCGCUUUGUAUGCCUGCUACCCCGUCAUGUAACUGCAGAGUGCACUGAAGUUAAAUUUUUAAAUCUUAAUAAAAAAUGAGUAACAGUAGGGUGGACAUUAUGUAAGGCUGCACUUCUUGCAGCGAUCUCGUAUAGAAAACAAUUCCGCGCGUAUAUAAAACAUGUCCGCGGCUCCGAACCGUAGUAAAGGGACCUCUGGCUAAUACAGUGGGUUCCGUGUCAGGCUCGUAACCGAAAACUAGCGUUACUUUGUUGUCUGGGUCAACUUUGCUAGCGAGAGACAGAGAGAGGUGUUGAAAGGCUGCUCCAACGGAACUUAUUGUUUUCGGAGGAAAACAUGAACACAGUGUACAGUCGAGUCUUAAUAGCUUACUUACAUAUGGGCUCCUCAGGCACUCUUUUUGGCUGCAGUGGUUAUUAUUAUAUUUACAUGCUUCCAUCUCCCGUUUCUGGUCGGUGACAGCUCCUACUUUUCGACUCUUUUUCUCCCUCCCUCGCUCACAGACACAUAACGGGUAUUGCAUUCCAUUCUCCCUGCAGCACGGACUACACUGCCCAUCAGGCUACAUUCUUUAGGGCUAUGCCUGUAACGCUCUGCCUAUUGCCUUCAUAUUAAAUCAUUUGUCAUUAUGCGGGCUGCAAGUAGGGGUGACAUGGGCCGCGAGGUUGAGACACAGGCAUUAGAGCCUCUUAAUGCAUGUUUUGUUUGGGUUUCCACCGGCAUGGAAUUCCCAAAAAUAGAGAUGGCAUAGCCUAACAUAUGAAACAGGAAAAUACCGCCGUGUAAUCCAUUUACUUCAACAAAGUAACUGUAUUCCGAAUACCACCCUUUCAAACGAUAACUGUAACGGAAUACAGUUACUCAUAUUUUGUAUUUCAAAUACGUAACGGCGGUACAUGUAUUUCAUUACUCCCCAACACUGUGGUUAUCAUUAAAUCAGGGGGUAACCAGAAGUACAGACGUCUGUCCAAGGCUACAAGGUUUCAUUAAAAAUAUGUGUAUAUCUAUUGUAAAAAGUUGUGACUUUACCGGAUGUUUAGCGCUGGACAACUGUAUAUUUUUUGACUGCUGCUUUUUUGUUGAUACUGAUAUUAUGUAAUCUGACUCGAUAUAAAAAUAAAUAAUUUUCCAAAAAUCUGGUUCCUUAUUCACAAAAUAAUGAACAUGGAAUUAUAAUAUUUAAAUUUAAAGGUGUCAUGAUGAUGGGUCUGUUACUGAGCAUUUAUGUUUUUGGACUUUUGGACGUUUUCUUACAAUGGUAGUGAUUUAUGUUUCUUAGUCCUUUUCUGGUAUUAUUUAGUUUCCUGGUUUAAUCAUUUACAUUUCUGGUUCUUUUAGUUAGUUCCGUUUCGUUCCCUCUCGUUUGCCUUUGUGUAUCUUUAUUGUGUGAGUUUCCCUCAAUGACUGUUUUCUACAGUCAUUGAUUUCCCUUUGUCCCUAAACAGAUCCUCGUUCAUCAUCCGUCAUGUUUCAGGUCUCAGGUUUUCUUGUUCCAGGUACCUUGUGUUUAGUUUUCGCAGUUUAGUUUUCAUUGGUUUAAUUUUAGUCUCCCUUUUGCUUUGGUUGUAUUUUGUGCUGUCAAAAAUAAAAAGCUCACUUUCAUUUUUGACUGCAGUCCAGUACCAUGUCUUUAGUCUGCAUUUGGGUCCACAGUCUGUCCACUCUCCACACAGUCUGCCAUCACAGACCUGACAAAAGGGGGAUAUGUAUUUAUGUAAACAUGCCUGGAUGUUGAGGGUUUUAACUGGUCAAGUACUGAAAUGUGCAUGUUAUACUGUAUUUUUGUUCAACAAAAAGGAAGUUUAAAAGGAAGAGUUGGUUUCGUAAGUGUGUUUUCUUGUUUUUGGACAAAAUAAAAAAUAAAUCAGA